AUGCAGCUCUAUAAUCUCGGUCUCCUAGUCGGGUCUCUUGUUGCUUCGGUUGGUGCAACUUCGAGCUUUUCGCCUGCUCGUCCUCCAGCUGUGCCUUUGGCUGUCAAAUCGCCGUACCUGAGUACCUGGCUGGAUGCUGGGAGCGAUGGUGGUAAUGGCGGGUACCUGGCUGGAGAAUGGCCGACAUUUUGGGAGAACCAGGUCACCGGGUGGUGUGGUUUAAUUCGUGUUGAUGGCAAGGCCUAUACUUGGAUGGGCCUGCCGGGAUCUACGACUGUCAACCAAACCGCGCUAGAGUAUACCUCGACCAAGAGCAUUUUCACCAUGAAUGUUGCAGGUGCGGUAGAAAUGAACAUUACCUUUAUGUCACCUAUUACGCCUGAUGAUCUCCGCCGUCAAUCCUUGACAUUUUCCUACCUUAAUGUUGAAGUGUCUUCCUUGGAUGGCAAGGCCCACGAUGUGCAGGUUUACGCCGAUAUUUCCGCUGAAUGGGUAUCGGGUGAUCGGACCACAAUUGCUGAAUGGGAAUAUGGUACAUUUGACGGUGUCGCCUACCACAAGGUCUACCGUCAGACUCAGCUUGCAUUUUCCGAGGUUAACCAGCAGGGUGAAUGGGGCGACUGGUACUGGGCUACCGAUGCCUCUAAUAAUAUGACCCACCAGUCCGGCCAGGAUACUGUUGUUCGUGCUCAGUUCUCGUCCAAUGGUACCCUUACCAAUGGUGUUGAUACCAACUACCGCGCUAUCUCGAAUGAUUGGCCAGUGUUUGCAUUUGCAUCCAACCUGGGCUCCGUUUCUUCAUCCCCUGUCAGCACGCUGUUCUCUCUUGGUCUUACCCAGGAUGAUGCGGUGCAGUUCGAGGGGGCCUCUACCUAUGCUCCCUUGCAGUCUCUGUGGAAAGCAUACUUUGAUACCGGAUUGGACGCUAUGUUAUUCUUCCACACAGAUUUUAGCGAGGCUAGCAGCCUUUCCAGUUCGUUUGAUAACAAGGUAGCCACAGACUCCACCGCUCUCGGUGGUGAAAACUACCUCGCACUUACUUCCCUCAGUGCUCGACAAGUGUUUGGUGCUACCCAGCUCUGUGGAACGGAAGACGACAUGUACCUGUUCAUGAAGGAAAUUUCUUCCGAUGGCAACCUUAACACCGUCGAUGUGAUGUUCCCAGCCUACCCAUUCUUCAUUUACACCAACCCAGAGUACCUGAAGUUGAUUAUGGCGCCGCUAUAUGAGAACCAAGAGGCUGGAAAAUACCCCAACGCCUGGGCCAUGCACGAUAUGGGCUCCAACUACCCUAAUGCAACCGGCCACAACGAUGGUAAUGAUGAAAAGAUGCCGCUGGAAGAGUGCGGAAACAUGGUUAUCAUGACGCUGGCGUACGCUAAGGCGGCCGAGGAUACCGCCUACCUAUCCGCACACUACAAAUUGCUUACCCAGUGGACUGAGUACCUUGUCGCUGAGGCGCUGUACCCAGCAAACCAGAUCUCGACGGAUGACUUUGCUGGAUCGCUGGCAAACCAAACCAACUUGGCUCUGAAGGGUAUGAUUGGUAUUCAGGCUAUGGCUAUCAUUGCCAACGAGACCGGACACACUGCCGAUGCGGCCAACUAUUCUAGUAUUGCCCACGACUACAUUACUAAGUGGCAGGAGUUGGGUAUUAACAAGGAUGCUUCCCCGCCCCACACCACUCUGAGCUACGGCAAUGCAAGCAGCCACGGUCUUCUAUACAAUCUCUAUGCUGAUGCUCAGCUGGGUCUCGGUCUUGUACCGCAGUCUGUUUAUAAUAUGCAGAGCGCCUUCUACCCUACUGUGUUCAACAAAUAUGGUGUUCCUCUUGACACCCGUCACACCGAGACUAAGAGCGACUGGCAAUCAUUCGUCGCGGCGAUCGCGUCGACGUCAACUCGGGCUAUGUUCUUCGAACACCUGGCCACCUGGAUCAACCAGACCCCAACAAACAAGGCCCUGACCGACCUUUACGAUACCGUGACUGGAGACUACCCCUCCACCCAGUUCUUCGCCCGCCCCGUUGUAGGCGGCUCUUUCGCGCCCCUUUUGGUCACCGCGUAA